CCCCCCCCCCCCCCAGCCCUAACGCUCUCUGACUCUGGUCACUAUGGUAACGUUUAAACACGCCAUCAAAGACGGGUAAAGAAUAAAGAGUGCAUGAAUUUUAACUCACCGUAGCACUAAAUCACUGGUCUCUCUGCAGCGUGACGGGUUCUACCUGGGGGGGUAAAGUCUGCAGGAAGUCCAUCAAAGUGACCUUUAACUUUUCUGGCCCUGGUUGACUUCCUGGUUAGUAGCUGCUGGUUCUACACCGGAGCAGCUGCCGCCGGUUCUCUGACAUCAUCACCGCCGAGAGAGAGAAAAGGAGGCUAAGCGCCUUACAGUCACCAACCAACCCACACUUUAUAAAUAGUGAUGGUUAGUCUGGCUGCGCCUGAUUAACUCACCUGUGUCCAGGUGGGGCUGCAUCGCUGCCAAUAAGUCGGCUUCAUCUCCUGGACAAAGAACAAAACGUGUCCAGGUUACUAACUGGGCUUCUUCUUCUCUCUUUGCCGCUCCACUUUUAUGCUUAUAUGACGCGCUCAGGUUAGUCGUUAGAAAUGCUCCACUUAGUUUACAAUCUGUUGCCAAGCGACCAAAGGUGACGUUGGUGAUGAGUUUUACCCAAAAUGCACUUGGAGAAAAUAUCGGCGAUCUACUUGAUAAUUUGUAUCAUGAAGUUAAAUAUAAGAGUGAAAAUAAAGCCAGUCAUGCAGAAAAACAUUUUGUUCAAUAUUGUACACGUACUACAUCCCUAAAAUCAGUCGGUCCUCUAGAGUUUGCAGAAACAUGACUGAGUCUAACCGUGUAGCACUAAAACAAUUCCCCGGACCAUGUGAAGCUCUGGCUGCAUCUUCAGCCACGCCAAGGCGUCCCAGCGUCCUCAUGAAAGGAUUUAUCCUGCAAUCUACGGCCUCAGCAGUCUCUGGCCCGCGGCGAAGACGUCUCUGAUGAAGACGAGUCGGUCUCUGAUGAAGACGAGUCAGUCUGUGAUGAAGACGAGUCGGUCUGUGAUGAAGACGAGUCAGUCUGUGAUGAAGACGAGUCGGUCUCUGAUGAAGACGAGUCAGUCUCUGAUGAAGACGAGUCGGUCUGUGAUGAAGACGAGUCAGUCUCUGAUGAAGACGAGUCGGUCUGUGAUGAAGACGAGUCAGUCUCUGAUGAAGACGAGUCAGUCUGUGAUGAAGACGAGUCAGUCUGUGAUGAAGACGAGUCGGUCUCUGAUGAAGACGAGUCGGUCUCUGAUGAAGACGAGUCGGUCUGUGAUGAAGACGAGUCAGUCUGUGAUGAAGACGAGUCGGUCUCUGAUGAAGACGAGUCAGUCUCUGGUGAAGACGAGUCAGUCUGUGAUGAAGACGAGUCAGUCUGUGAUGAAGACGAGUCGGUCUCUGAUGAAGACGAGUCGGUCUCUGAUGAAGACGAGUCAGUCUGUGAUGAAGACGAGUCAGUCUCUGAUGAAGACGAGUCGGUCUGUGAUGAAGACGAGUCGGUCUCUGAUGAAGACGAGUCGGUCUGUGAUGAAGACGAGUCAGUCUGUGAUGAAGACGAGUCGGUCUCUGAUGAAGACGAGUCAGUCUCUGAUGAAGACGAGUCAGUCUCUGGUGAAGACGAGUCAGUCUGUGAUGAAGACGAGUCAGUCUGUGAUGAAGACGAGUCGGUCUCUGAUGAAGACGAGUCGGUCUCUGAUGAAGACGAGUCAGUCUGUGAUGAAGACGAGUCAGUCUCUGAUGAAGACGAGUCGGUCUGUGAUGAAGACGAGUCAGUCUGUGAUGAAGACGAGUCAGUCUGUGAUGAAGACGAGUCAGUCUGUGAUGAAGACGAGUCAGUCUGUGAUGUAGACGAGUCAGUCUCUGAUGAAGACGAGUCAGUCUCUGAUGAAGACGAGUCGGUCUGUGAUGAAGACGAGUCGGUCUGUGAUGAAGACGAG